AUGAUAUUUUCAUUGAGUGAACUUGUUCAUUGGCUUGGCCUAACAAUAUUCGAAAUUUGGAUAAAUCUUGUAUCAUUGACAAUAUUUACAGUGCUUCUUGCAUUAAAACUUGAUGAUAAUUAUUUUGAUGAUCAAUCAGAUUGGUGGAUUGUAUUUUCACCAUUAUUUAUUGCUGAUGCUUUAAAUACAUAUUUUUGUUCAAUAAUAUUUAUAAGAAUGCAUAUGGAAGGAAUGAUCAAAGUUGGUAUUGCACGUGGUAUAUGGAGUUUUGUAUCAUUAAUAUUGAUAUUUGUAUUUAAAUAUUUAUUAUGUAAAAAAUUAUCUGGACAAAGUAAUCUUGAAUACUCGGAAGUAUUGAGUCCAAUAUUUAUUUUAUUACAACUAAUUGCUGUUAGAGCUUGUCAAUUACACUGACCAAGGAAUCAUGAGUUGAUACAAUUACAAAAUACAUCAAUGUUUAUCAACUCAAAUGAGAUAUCAACUUUUUACAUGGACAUUGAAUUUAGAUGAAAUUAAUUAUAAUUAAAUUUCAUUAUUGUAAAUAAAUUAAAACUCAAUGUAAAUAUUAU